GUUUAUGGAGCUCCUAAGCCAAAGUGGACAAAACUUUCAGGAAGGCGACUUCAAAAUUGGGGUAAGUUGCAAACAAACAGAAAAGUUACUAUUUUGGGAAAAAGUUCAUUUAAUAUGACAAGGGGGGGGGGGGNUUUUCAACUCAACAAUUUAAUGACCUGUGCAACUCAGCUAUAUCACGUGUUUUACAGAUAUAACAAUUGUAGUCUCAGUAAUUAUUACACUCUUGUUCAUUCCAAAAAUGCUUUAGAAAAUUUCAAAAAUUAGAAAUGAAAAAAAAACUUUUUAUAAUAAAACCACAUUGAUUCAACAAGAUUUCAAAAUCUGCUAACGGGAACUAUAAAAACGAUGACUCUGUAACAAGAAAUGUUAAGAAAUGAAGGAGGAGAGGGGGGGGGCUCUGAAAUUUUUUCGACUACCAAGGAGGGGGCUCCUAAAAAAUCGAACCACUAGCGAGGGGGGCUGCUAAAAUUUCAAGCUUCGAGUUUCAAUAUCUUCAUCCCCCCCCCCUUGUCAUAUUAAAUGAACUUUCCCUUACAAGGAACAUAUCAAAAUACCGUAAACUGACUCUUAUAAUCUGUGGGCUUAUACACCUUUGUAAGGGGUUUAGGAGGGCUUAUAAACUGAGGGGUGUAUAUCUGGGACGGCGUAUAACUGGAAAUUUAAAAAUGGCAUCGAAACAAGCUAUAGCAGUGUGCAUUUUGCAUUGACUAGUUUUUAAUAAAGCUGCAUAAUGUUAUAAUAAAUAAAAAAAUUCAUUCGAUUAAAUAAUGCAUCUGAUUAUAAAAAGCCCUCCCCCCACCCCCCCGCAUAUAAGCCCCCCUAUAGCUUGUAUUUUUUAAAUAAAUCAAAAUUCAUUGUAAUACAAGCUAUAGGGGGGCUUAUAUCGGGGGGGCUUUUUAUUAUUGGAAGGGUUUUUUUGUUUGCUGGUAGAUGGGCCUAUAACUGAGAGGGCUUAUAGGACAGUGGGCACUUAUAAGGCAGGGGCGGAUCCAGGAUUUUUUUUAGGAGGGGGUGCACUCGUCUCUUGCUCUACUUCAACACCAAUAAACCACAUAGUUUUUUUGCAGAAUACCAGUUGUAUUAGGAAACGGCAGGUCAUCUCAGGGGGGGGGGGGUGCGCACCCCCUGCACCCUCCCCCUAGAUCCGCCCCUGUAAGGGGCUGUUUAUGGUAUGCAACUCAGAUCAGUAGUGUAGCUAAUUUUGAGUUUUUUGAAACACCACAAUGUAUGAAUUGAGUCUGAUGUCAUUGUUCUGUAAUUUUGUCUUAUUUAGGUGGCUUACCACAUCCCAAGGUAAACAAAACAUAUAUAGAUUUUUAACAUUUUAAAAGAAAGUGUUAAACUAAAAGUAAUUAUUUCCUGAUUGGUAGAAAUGUGGGGUUCAACUUAAAACAACAUAAUUUGUAUUGGAAAGGUGUGCCAAUAUUUUCGGGAACAACACAGUUGUACUAUUAAUACAAAUUGACUAUUUCCAUAAAUUAACAAUUAAGUCAUAUAAUUUUAUUCUUUCUCCUUUUAGGGAAUGGUUCUUGAAAAACUUCCACCGGUAAGUAAUAAUAAUUAUAACAUGUUUGUCUAAAUUUAUUAAUAUGAGAUGAUUUGGAUGAUUUACCGCAAUAUCAAUCCUAAUAGUAGCCAUUAGGCAAAAACUUUUGCAAUAAAUUCAAAUCUUCUUUUGUAAAAUCCUAAAAAAUGAAUAGUAUUAGGCGAAAGUUAUGUCAAAGGUCAUUCGUUUAAGAAAUUGUAUCAUAGGAUUUUGUCUACCAAUUAAAAGUUAGAGUGACAAAUCUUUGUACUAUAAUUAAAUAAAUUGGGCUAGGAGGAGAAGCAGUGUGCAAAGAAAGUAAUGUCGGAUAGCGCGGUGCUAGUGGAUUUUACUAAUAUUGGGCUAGUGAAUUCUGUUGUUAACUUGCCCGAAGGGCAAGUGAUGUUUUUUGAGCAAUUCAAAUAACAGAAGAACUAUAAAAUCAAUUCUGCUCAUCAAAAAGUGUCUGGGGCUAGUUGAAAUGACAUCAGGGCUAGUAAAUGCUAGCUUCAGCUUGCCUGAAUGGCAAGCUGUAAAAAUGAUUUUCUUUGCACCCUGAGAAGGGCAAAAAUCAUGACAUAAAAUCUUUUGUUUUUCAGUGGCUACAGAAAUACUCUGCCAAGGUUGGGGCUCUUUCAGUAUUCAGCGAUGUUGCUCCAAAUCAUGUAUUAGUAAAUGAGUAUGAACCAGGUCAAGGAAUAAUGGUGAGAAGAAACACUUCUGUUGAAAAAAGUGUAUAUGUGUGCUUUUUUAAAAUCUUCACCUCCCCAUGGGCAAGGGUUUUAUGGAAUUUACCUGUCAUCUGUGCCGGUUUUUCAUUAGCCUGAGUAGCAUGGCGGGUUUUUUUGCACACUACUGAGCGGGGAAGCCUCAAAAGUGCGCGCAAAGUGCGCGCGAACGAGCGGCGGCCCCAGUCUUCACGCAGUUUCACUGCCCCCAGCUUGCCUUGUUUACGCGCCCAGCCAAAACCGCCAUGUUAAGCAGGCUAGUUUUUUAUCCUAAAUUAUGCACCACAACACAAAAUAUUACAUUAAAACAACAACAACAAAAAAGAAUCCUUAUUGCACUUCAACUGGGUUGACCGUUUGCGAUACUGUUACAGAGGAUUCACUUUGUCAGUCACAACAUUAGUUUUCUCUCAUAGAAACAGUAGCAGAACUGCAUUACAGACGACUCUCUCUUAACGGACACCUCUAUAAGACGGACACUUCUGUAAAACGGACACCUGGAGUUGGUCCCUGCCUUUGUUUAUUCCCUUUAUUUGACUCUUUAUAAGACGGACAUCUCUCUGAGAUGGACACUUAGUGCCGGUCCCAAAGGUGUCCGUGUUGAAAAGAGUUGACUGUACAUCUAUCCUGUACAACUGACUCUGGGAUUAUGAAAAAAUAAGCACUGCAGUCCUGGUAUAAUUAAAACCAAGAGAAUUGAAUUCUUUCAGUCUAAUAUAGAAAAAUUAUAAUACCAUAGUUUGUACAAUUCUUUGAAUAAGUGCCAUAUUUGAGGCGUGAAAAAUCUAAUAAGCGCCGCGGCGCUUCUUUGAGUGAAUACGGCAAUCCUUCAGAUCCUUUGUUAUUUUCAGCCUCAUACAGAUGGACCAUUAUUUUAUCCAGUGGUUUCCACGAUUAAUCUUGGUUCUCACACCUUUCUGGACUUCUACCAUCCUUUAACCAAGACAGGUCAUGACUCCAAGGUAAGAGUUUCUUUUUUAAUAACUUGGGAAACUCCAACCCAGGACUGGGACCAGUACGGUUAA